AUGUAUAAAGUUGUAUUGGGAAUUGUUAGUACUGGAAUGAUUGUAAUUGGUGAUUCAUUAUUUCUAAAAGAAAUGGCAACUAGAAAGAUUACAAACAAAUUACCUGAUUUGAAAGAAAGUGUUAUUGAACUAUUUGGUGGAUCAAAUAUAUUUGUUGAAAAUGAUUAUGAAUUUUGGCAUCGUCAGAGAAAAUUAUUGGAUCCUGCUUUUGCUCCUCAAUCAUUGAAAAUUGUUGCAAAAGUUACAAUUGAUUGUAUGAAUAGAUUUUUAAUACCAAAUAUUGAAAAGAAUCUUUUAAUGAGAAAUAUUGAAGUGGAUUUUUCAAAUCUUACUUUAGAGGUUAUUGGAUUGGCUGGAUUUAAUUAUGAUUUCAAUUCUUUUAAUAUUAAUCAAAAAGAUAGUUUAACUGUUCAAACUCAGAAAUUAUUUGGAAUUCUUCCAGUUUACAAUAUAUUUCCUAAAUGGAUUAGACAACAUGUUGGAAUAUUUCCACAUAAACCAGCUCAAUUAAUUUCCAAUCAAUUCACUAAAUCCAUUAAUGAUAUUAUUAAUGAACGUAAAACUAAAAAUCAAGAAGAAGAAACUCCUCACUCUGAUAUUCUAUCUCUCUUAUUAAAUGCAAGAGAAAAUUGGAGUAAAGAUGAAAGUAUGACUGAUGAGGAAAUUAUUUCAAAUUGUUUCAUUUUCCUUGUUGCUGGACAUGAAACAACUGCAAGAACAUUAGGAUUUAUAUUAUAUUCAUUAGCUACUGAUAAGGAUGCUCAAGAUCGAAUUCAUAAAUUCAUUGAUCAUGAUUAUCCAACUUUAUAUGGAAAGGAAACAUUUGAUUUUGAAGAUUAUCAAGAGGGAAGAAUGGAUUAUUUGAGAGCAGUUGUUAAAGAAAGUUUAAGAUUAUAUCCAGUUGUGGCAUUUGCUGCUCGACAAGUAACAAAAACAUUUAAAUGGAAAGAUAUUACAAUUCCAAAAGGAACUCAAAUAGCUGCUUCAUGGUUAGAUAUUCACAAAGAUGAAAGAUAUUGGCCUCAACCUAAUGAAUUCAUUCCAGAAAGAUUCCUUAAAAGGAAAGAUUCAACUAUUGCUCAAAGUAUUACAAUUGAAGAAUUCAAAUCUCAAACAAUUCCACUCUCAAUUUUCAAUCCACAUAUUGAAAUUCAUCAAAAUCCAUUUGCAUUCUCUGGUUUUGGAAUUGGAAAUCGUAUUUGUCAGGGAAGAUAUUUUGCAGAGAUUGAAAGUUGUUUCUGUUUAGCACUUUUAGUUAAACAUUACAAAUUUUCAAUAUCACCAAAUUACAAAUUACAUCUCGAUAAUCAUGUAACUUUGAGACCAAGAGAACCAUUACUGAUUUCCUUUGAGAAGAAGUAA